GAGCGCUCGAUGUGACAGCACUGAGAGAGAGUGCGUGGGUUGCCAGAUAGGCAGACUUAGUCUGACGUAAAAUAUAUACGUUUCUAUCUUUUGCAUUUUCAACGUCUUUCUGAUCGGUUGCUGUUAGGUCGCGGAUGCCUAAAAAAUUCCCUGCUGGGCUGAUAAUUGGAGCACGGUUCGGUGCUCGGUUAAGUGCUCGAUAAAACUCCCCCAGCCGACUAGCUCGGAGAUCCUUCGACCACCAAAAUUUAACUAAAAAAAUCUUAAAAAUAGGUCAUAAUAUUGAUUUCAAAAAAAGUAAAACCCGAAAAUGUAAACGGCAAGCGCACGAGAGAAGCACAAAAAUCAGAAACCAAAACACAAGAGCAUAAAGGAAACAACAAGGAAAAGUGUGUACAUAAAAAAAGUGAAUUAAAUGCUAAAAAUUAAAUAGAAACUAAGUUGGAGCGAUUAGAACUAGUGGAGCGACUUGCAGAGGAGCGAUCGAGACCCCAUUCGAAACGACAGAGGCAACCAAGAACGCUUAGCAACAAUGUUGCACAGCAAUUGCGACAAUGCAACAUCAAAACCAACAACAACAGAACCAACAACAACAUCAACAGCAGCAGUAGCACCUAUAGCCGGUGAUGCCGCCAUCGCCACCGUUGAGGGUCAGACGAUGACACUCGUGCCAUCAAUGGAUCUACCAUCGUCAGCUGUGUCCGAGCGUUCGGAAUUAUCAGAAACAGCUGAUUCGGCUGCUGCGUCUGCUGCUUCUACUACUGCUGCUGCUGCCGCUGCUGCAUUCAAUGCCCAGAUGCGAACGCAGCAACGACAGAAAAUAAAGAGCUACCACGAUGCCAAACAAACGGCGGUGUGGCGGACCGAUUCCCUGGCCUCGAAUCCCAGUCCGGAUUUUGCAGCAGCCGCCGGAGGAGGAGGAGUUGGACCAGGAGGAGGAUUCGGAGGAGGAGGAGGACCAUCCCGUGGAAACGUAUGUGCUGGCCUUCCCAUGCGAAGCAUCAUCCUGUCAACGGCACCAAGUCUACUGCAGCGAAAGGCCUCGGACAGCUCUCUGGUUGGUGGCUCCAUUCCGCGACGAGUAUCCUUUCCGGAGAACGAGCUGGUGACAGGAUACCUGGAGCCGGCCAAUCCAUGGAAGCAAGUCUACCUCGUGAAAAACAAUGCCGACGUUGUGGAUCAGUAUGUGCAGUCGUGUCAGAAGCACAACACAGAGCCCAUCAAGAACGUCAUGGACCAACUGAGGAACCUCGACCUCCACCAGGCGAGGCAACCUCUACUCUCCCUCAAAGAAAUCAAAAUGAGGGCCAAUGAUUGCGAAGCUCUCGAGGAGAUAUUCAAAAGGGUACAAUACAAGUGCAUCGAUCUGUCCGACUGCACGCUGGACGAGAACUGUCUGACGGCGCUCUUCCAAAUGAUCGAGUACUAUGAGGCCGCCAACGAGCUGGACAUAUCCUACAACAAGGAGCAGAUGACGAAGCGCUGCUGGGAGCUGUGCGCCUAUAUGGUGGGCCGCAGCCAGGAGCUGCAGUCGCUCAAUGCCGAGUGCAACCAGAUCACAAAACUGGGUGCUGUCAGCCUCGGGCAUGCCCUGGGCACCUCCAAUCUGCACACAUUGAAGCUGGAGCACUGCGGUCUGAGUGGCCAGCCGCUCAUCAAUCUCUGUCGAGGUCUCAACCACAACAAAAUGCUCAAGGAGCUCUGGAUGGGAUACAAUGAUCUGGACUGUGUGGAUGCCCAGCACAUAGCCGACAUGCUGCGCUUCAACCACAGCAUGGAACUCAUAGACAUUAGCAACAACAACAUCCGAAACGAGGGAGUCAUGUACCUGGUGCAGGCACUCGUCCUGCAGUCCACCGAACUGGAACGCCGGAUGGGUGCCCUGAAGCGAACUCGAGCCAUCGAGGUGGAUGAAUGCACAUCGCCUGUGGAGGCGGAUCCUCCCUCAGUAAUAUCGGAAUCGGCUAACUCCUCCAGCUCCAGUCCAGAGAAAGACAAUGUCGAUAACGUGUCGUCCUUGCACACAUCUGUUCAACCGUGUCCCGAGACCCUGCCCGAGGAAGAAGCCGCGGACGAGCCAGUGCUGGUGGACUUGGAUAACGAUAAUGACGACGACAAUACGGAGGACACCGUGCGUAUCGUGAAGACCUCCGGUCCAAACGGCGGCAGCGGUCAGUCCAUGCUGGACAAACUGCUCUCGAUGAACAGUGACAGCAGCAGCGAGGAGGCGCCCUCGAACAUAUCCACCGACACUUUGGCCGCCUGUUGCUCCGAGGACAUCAGUGAGAUCAGCAACGAGAUCUUUGAUGCAACGGCAGCCAAACAGCCGCCACCAGAAGCAGUAAAGGAAGCCAGUCCGGCGGAGGGUCCGUCGGAGGCUGAUGCAGCGCUGAGUGCAGAUACUGCGACACAUCCUGCGCCCGUGUCCGAGGAGCCGCUGUCUCCAGCGCAACAACAACAACAACAGCACAGUUCCCAAAAUGAACGCAACUUAUGUGAUAUUACUCCUUCAACAGAGGCUAAAACCGUUGAACCCAAUGAAUCCUGUGUACAGAACAACAUCAUUAACAACAACAACAAUAACAACCAAGCCCACAACAAUACCUACAACAAUAACAACACACCAUCGGCAAUGGGAGCAGAAGCCGGAGCAGUAGCCACCAUAGCUGUGGUGGAUGCGCCACCAACGGCAGAAAUUGGAGCCAACAAUAGGGCAUCCCCACCGGCAGCCAUCUUCGAGGUGACGGCAGAGGAGAGCGACUGCAUCAAUGGCAGUAGAGCGGGCGCCAGCGGGUCACGGCCGCUGGACGUGAACAAGAACGCCAAAGUGGGCGACGACUUCGAGGACACGCACAGCACGGACUCGGCGUUCGAAAGCGCCUCCGAAGGCGACAUCAGUCGCAAUCUGCCGGAUGAGUUCAGCCGGCUGUCGGUGUCACUGGAGAGCACGCGGCUCGACAUGGGGGGCAUUGAGACGGGCACCAUUGCCAGCGAGUCCACCGAAUGCCUGCUCCUCGCCACUACACCGACCAAGGCGGACGAACCGGAGGUAUUUUCGCCGCCCAAAGUUACUAUUUCCGAAGAGUCGUUGCUGGUGGACAAAGAUCUGAGCCCCGGACCCUUUUCCUGUCCCAGUCCGGCGCCGACGCCCCCACCGCCCUCAACGUCGCCGGGUGGGGCAAGCAUUGGGCUCAGGCGAACGGAAUCGAGUUGCGCCUACCUCAACCAGUCGACGCGCAACCGAUCCCAGAGCUCCGACAGCCUGUGCAGUGAGACGUCGCAGGACAGCUCCACGGCAGCCACCGCCGCCGGCGUUGCCGACCCCAAGCUCGCCGAGAAACUGACCAAGAACGACACCUUGUCGCGGCGCCAGCAGAUGGACUGCACGCUGGAGGCCAUUCGAUCGCCCAGUGGACUGAAGGCCCUCACCGUUUGGAACAACAACCUGACCAAGGACUGCGCCCCCGCUGUGUCCGAGCUGCUGCAGAAGACCAUUUCCCUGGAGUUGCUCAACAUUGGCAAGAACUGUCUGUCCAACGAUUUCGUGGCCACCAUUAAGGAUAGUCUCACGAAGAACACUACGCUGACCACUCUGGGUCUGCAGAGCGCCCACCUAAGCGCCAAGGGCAUCGAGACGCUGGCCUCCAUCCUGACCUUCGGCGGCAAUAGCAAGCUCCAGCGCAUCGACAUUCGAGACAAUAAACUAGAGGUGGAAAGUCUGAACAUCAUUGCCGAGGUCCUCAAGUCCAACAAGACGCUCACCCAGAUCGACAUCAACGACGAGCCCAAGCGUCUGACGUUGCCCAUUGUGCCGAUAGUAAAUGUUAUACCGCCAUCGCCAUUGCCCCAGGAUAGCAUCGGCAGCGAUGCCCAUUUGGAUUAUACAAGGGUGCUGGGCACCGUGCGUUCCCUGUGCUCCCGAAACGAGAAGCGGCAGGCCCAGGAGUUGGCGGAUAGAACAGCGAACGUGGGCGGCGGGGGCAGCAGUGCCGGCGGCAGCUUCCCUGGUUCCCGGUGUCGCGGCGGUUACUACUUGGGCUCGCGGAAGAUAUCGCUGACCUGCCACAGUCGUCCAUUUGUGGAUGCGGCCACUGGCACGGUAAUAGCCAAGCCAGGGGCGAAUGCGACCGCGUCCGGUGCAGCAACCGCCACGCCCACACCGGCUGCCCUGCUGGAGGUGAAGCGGAAGGGUGGCUCCCGGCUCCGCUCCCCGGGACCAAGUCCGCCCACAGUAUCGCCCUCAUCCUCGCCUAACCGAAGUCGUUUCCACGUGUCGCGGGUACCCGAGGUGGCCAGUCCAUUGAUGUCGCCCCUUGCUCAACCACCACACCCACACGCGCCGCUUACGCCGCGAUCGGCCAGUAGCUGCAUGUCCAUACCCACCAUCGCCGGAUCGCCCGGAGGCAGCCAGAGUAGCCUGAACACCGUGGGAGCCCUGCCCACUUCCAGUUCGCUGCCGGCCAUGGCUUCGGUGACCUCAUCCACGCAGACGAUUAAACGUCUCUCGGUUUCGCCCCGAUCGCGGUUUCAUGUGUCCCGCAUCUACGAGGAUCCCCAGGUGCCGAUGGCCAACCGGCAGAUGCCUCCGAUCACUCCCCACACGCCUCCCCUAGAUCUGCCGCCCACUCCGAUGCUAAAAUCCGCCCGGAAGGCGGUUCAGCUCACCGAGGCCGUGGAAGCGGCGGCAGCUGCGGUGCCGGCAUCCAGUGUGGUGAUCUUGGAGCCCAGCGAUUCGCACGGAGACACACUCGACAAUAGUACAAAGGCCGAUGAGGCUGCGGGCCAAAAGCUUUCGAGCAACUCACCCACCUUGAGCACUUCCAGCUCAACGUCGCCGGCCAGCAGCAACAGCAGUGGGAGCAACAGCAACGGAACCAGCAGCAUAACCUCCACUGAUUCCAUUAUUUCCGGCCCAGAAGCGAAUCCUCCACCGUUGCUCACUUGUCCCCUGGCCGUGUUUGGAGACAAUGACAUUACGCUGACUAAGGAAUCGGCUGCCGUGGUGGCGGGGCAUUUAAAUCCAGUGCUCGAAGCGAGGCCAGCGCCAGAACCAGCGCCACCAUCCGAGCCUGUCACGAACCCGCCGAUCCCUGCCCGUAAGACCUCCUGGAUAGCCAAUCCAUCGGCGGUGGACAAGUUGCUCACCAUCUUCAACACAGGGAACAUAUUCCAGCGCAGCUCCUCUCCGGAAUCAAAGGCCAGUCAAGUGUCCGCAAGUGCGGUCACAAACAACUCGCAAAAUGGCGGAACGGCGACUAGUGGAGGAGCCAGCGGAGGUGACGGAAGCUCUACGACCCCCAACCCUAAUCUAUCGGUCGCCCGGAAAAUAUCUCCAGCGUCCUGGACCUCGUUGACCGGCAGCAACAUCUCCAACUCUAGCCAAAACGCCACCUCGAACGUGGAGACCAGCAGCUCGUCCAUCCUCGAAACGGCAUCGAGGCAGUUGCGAGACUUCAGCAAGCAAGUUUUUCGCCAAAACAUUUCCUUCAAUAACAGCGGAGAUGCGGCAUCGUCGGGGACAGUGGCUUCGCUGGAGGGAAUAAGUACGGCCACCUCUUCCUCCAGCAGCACAGAGUCCCCGUCGCCGCCGGAGUGCAACGCUGCCCAUAUGCCGUCUAGUCUGAAGCGCCAGCUGAAGGAGAACAUCUCGCCGGAGCACACGAUCAACGAGGAGACGCUGCACACCCUGCAGAAGUUGUCGCGGGCGGAGGAUGUGGCCCUUAAGGCGGAGGCAGCAGCGGAACUGGGCGACAUAGAGAUCGUGAUGCACAGCGAGGUGGUGGACUGUCGCCUGCCUGAGGAGAAACAAGAGGAGCAGGAGGAGGCCGCCCAAAGUCUUGUUUAGGAGGCCAGUUGAAGAACCAAAGCAGCAAAGUGACUGGAAGGAAUAGCACUUGGAGAGAAGAUAAGAAAGAAGCAACUCAACCGACAAAAAGCAACCACCCACCCAGCAUUCCCAUGGCGCUCCUUUGUACUGUACCCACCCGCCUUGAAAACUAUGAGAAUAUGAUGAUGCCGAUAUGAUGAUAAUGGUAUAUGGAUGUGUUUAGGUGUUCUCCUAAUCGUAAUCCUAGCAAACAAAACAAAUAUGAUGAAGUACACAAGUUAUGACUAACUUUGUUUUAUUUUUGGUUAAUUUUUUUUUAAGUUUUAUAACACAAGAAAGAAGAAAAUAUAAAUAUAUUUUAAUAAUGAGUAAGGCAUAAGAAGAAAUUCAAAAUAAUGCUCAAUAUUCACUUCAAAAUGAACUUCUGCCAAUGAUAUAGUGCUGCGUUGGCAGUAGUUUUCAAGUUCAAGUGAAUACUGAAAAAUCUUAAGUGGAUAAUGUUCUAUAAAUGUAAAAUAUUAAAAAAAUCAUAAAAAAUUGUACACACACAUAUACACACAACCAAUCUAACAAUGUAAACUAUUUGGCUAAGUGCGCUCGUCGAUUAAUAAGCUGGAUUUUGAAAAGUUGCUCAGGCUGCCGGAGGGGAGGAAUGCCUUGUGGAAGAUACUAUUACAAAAUUUGUACUUACCAAGAGACGUUAAACCGAAAAACCGAAAUCCGCCACCACAAACACAUUGUUAUACUUAAGUUAAUUUUAACUGUACAAAGAGCAUGAAUGUUACAACUUAAUUUGGGAAGUCCAGUCCCGCCCUAAGAUUAUUUACUUAAUAUCUAUGAAUACAAAGUGCAAUGCCUUAAUUUUUUUUUUCUCGUCCCCCUCACGCCCCAUAUAAUAGCCGCUUACCAUUCUUGAUAGCAACUCAAAUGAAGUGCGAACUGGAUCAGCUCUGCCAAAGUAUUAUGAAUUGGAACAAUUUUCAAAAUAAAUCUAUAAAAAAAAAAACUUAAAUUAGGUACUUAAUCAGCAUAGCGAUUGCCACUAACUAACUAUGUAACUAUGUAAUGAGCAGCCCACCAGUCAAGCAAGCCUCUAAAAUCUUAAGUUCUAUGACAUUAUGCAAUUAAUAAUCGUACAUUCUUAGUUCACUCAACAACUCAAACGCAAAAGCAACAACGGAUAUGAAACGAAACUAAAAAACAACAAACAACAAAAGUACCCAAAAUAAAUCCAAUUGAUCUCAUUAUGUGAUAUUUGUCGUAGUGCCCAAAGCGUUCACUGUACGUGUAUCUAUAACCAAAUUAUACGAGUUAAGUACAGGAUGUACAUACGGAACACUUGAACUCUAAGUAAUCUUACUUAAUCCCAUACCCCGCCCAACACCCAACUGAGACAGAUCCCCAGAACAGCUUUAGUUUAGAGUUGACUACAAAAACGAGAUAUCGAAGGUUGAGCAACUUUUCAAAUGGGCGGCCUAUUCGACGGAGCGCCACAAUCGUUAUAGAUGAAAUAUAUAUAUAUAUACAACAUAAACCAUAAAAAAAACACACACCCAUCUAUAUAAAAUAUAUAUAAUAUGUUAACACACACUUAUAAUUUGAUUCAUGGAUGAUUUUGUAAAUACCGCGUGUGUACUCUCUAUUAGGAAGUGGGAGGGUUUCUGGACGAAACCACUCCAUGCUCUGAGUUUUUUUUUAGUCUUUGUUAAUGAUUUUUGUUUUUGUUUACCAUUUUAUUGUUUACAACUAUAAAUUUAACUAUAAACUAUGUACGUAUUUAAGUAGUUAAACGCAAGCAACUUUUCAAAUAUUUUUCAAAACGUACCAAUCGAAAAGUUUUCUUCUUGAACGUCGAGUGUCAUUAUCAAAUUGUACUUAAUUUACAAAAAAAGAAAGAGAAGAUUUCUUGGUGCUCGUUAGACGUCUUAAAGAAGUGUUUGCCUUAAAGCUAAUCCCGAUCCCGAUUCUGAUCCCGAUCCCUACUUUCGGCAAUCGAAAUUCUACCCCAUGGAUCUUUUUAAUCCUUUUAUCAUCUUACAAUCUAAAUUUGUUAACCCUUUAAAGCGAUGAUUUUGUUUCAAAUUGGCAAACUACGUAUUUUUAAUAAUUUAAGUUUAUAAAUUAGAAAAGAACAACCUACUAAACUGAAAAAUUUAAUGAAUAAACAUGAAAGCUGUAACGAAA